AUGGGCGGUGCUGUGAGUGCUGGUGAGGACAACGAUGAGCUCAUGGACAAUCUGAAGGAAGCCCAGUACAUCCGGACGGACUUAGUAGAGCAGGCUUUCCGAGCUAUCGAUCGAGCAGAUUAUUACCUUGAAGAAUUUAAAGAAAAUGCGUACAAAGACUUGGCAUGGAAGCAUGGAAACAUUCAUCUCUCAGCCCCUUGCAUCUACUCAGAGGUGAUGGAGGCUCUGGAUCUGCAGCCUGGGCUCUCAUUUCUCAAUUUGGGCAGUGGUACUGGCUACCUCAGCUCCAUGGUGGGCCUCAUUCUAGGUCCUUUUGGUGUGAACCAUGGGGUGGAGCUUCAUUCAGAUGUGACUGAGUAUGCCAAGCAGAAACUGAAUGUCUUCAUCAGAACAAGUGAUAGUUUUGACAAAUUUGACUUCUGUGAACCUUUGUUUGUAACUGGCAAUUGCCUAGAGAUUGCUCCAGAUUGUUGUCAGUAUGAUCGUGUGUGUUGUGGAGCAGGUGUGCAGAAAGAACACGAAGAGUACAUGAAGAAUCUUCUUAAAGUUGGAGGGAUCCUUGUCAUGCCCUUGGAAGAGAAGUUGACCAAGAUAACACGCACAGGCCCCUCUGCUUGGGAAACAAAAAAGAUUCUGGCUGUUUCCUUCGCCCCUCUGGUCCAACCCUGCCGUUCGGAGUCAGGACAACCCAGACUUGUUCAGCUACCACCACUGGCUGUGCGCAGCCUGCAGGACCUGGCCAGACUUGCUAUCUGUGGCAGCAUCAAGAGGGCUAUGCGCCAGGAAGCCACCAGAGGAGGUGGACUGAAGAGCACACCUAUGUUUAAAAGAAGGCGACUUCGUCGUGGGCGAAUGGAGACCAUUGUCUUUUUGGACAAAGAAGUCUUUGCCAGUCGAAUUUCCAAACCCUCUGAUGACACCAGCUGUGAGGAUGCAGAGGAGGAUCGGCGGGAAGUGGCAGAGAGGACCUUACGGGAGGCCAAGACUGAGCCACCAGUAAACUUCCUUCGCCAGAGGGUAUUGCGCCUCCCAUUGCCCGACCCCCUGAAGUACUACCUGCUGUAUUACAGGGAAAAGUGA